AUGGGCCUCGUCAAGCCCGUCCAGGACCCCAAGGAAGAGGCCCGCGCACUAGUAGACGGCGAAACGGAUCGCGGCCUUCCUACGGCGUAUGACUUUCAUCUCAUCUGCUACGAGUAUCUCUCGGGCCUAUCACACAAGAAGCGGGAAAAAGCGCUCCUCAACGGGACCAUGUAUCACGACUGCAUGGCCGCUAUACGCAACCCCAAAGACACUACCCUCCGCACCCCCCAGUUCCGGUACUGGGCUCGCAAGACCUUCCGAGUCACUCCCUACCACAAGGAUAUGAUCCUCACUACCAUCGAUGGCAAGCCGGUCGCGGCGCGGGAACGGAUACUCGGGGUAUUGAAGCACUGUCAUUUGGCGUCGCAGCAUGGCGGAAGGGACAAGACGAGCGCAGAGGUCCGAAAGUUUUAUGCAUGGAUACCCAAAGAGAUUGUCGCGAAAUACGUCCAAAAGUGCCCCACGUGCCAGUCGAAGCGUACCCUCUCGUCAGCCUCGCUCGGGCCCAUGUCGGACUCACAGCGGUUCUUGGUGGCGUGA